UGUCUCUCGCGACGACGACCGCGAUACGUGCCUAAAUCGCUGCGGUUCACAUUCGGUAACGUAGAGCCGACUCGCAGCAAGCACGCAGCGAGAACUGCGACAGCGCCGACGAUACUUAGCACCGCUCAGGAGACCCUUGCACAUUGCAUUGUGCGAGCACUUGAGGACCGCAGCGCGAGACUCAGCCGUCGUCAGCGCACGCACAACACGCCAGUCGCACGCCAACAGCACCAGUCGCCGCCAGCGCCGCGCGCACACGCAUAAGGAAGUCGCCGCGGUCACACUCGCACGAUGAACUUCUCGGAACAGGAGUGGAAGGCCGCCCAGAGCCAGAUGGCCGACGCCGACCCCGAACAACUGAAGGCGCAGGCGCGCAUGAUGAAGAACAUGGACAAGAAUACCGUAAGACGGAUGAACCCGCAGUUCGCCAAUAUGUCCGACCAAGAAUUAGACAUGAUGGCGACGCAGAUGGAGAUGAUGGUGGCGACCUGUGUGGAAAUCAACCAGUGUGUCGGGUGGUCCGUCGAGCGGUGAACGCGCCGUAAAGUUUUGAUUUCCACACAGGCCUCGAAUCCACAAAUGAUGAAGAGCGCGAUGCAGAUGAUGGGCGGCAUGGACCAUAAAGAAGCGACGCGCAAAGUCAAUCAAGCUAGGAGUGGCAUGGCCAAGCCUACGAUGGCUGGCGGCUAUAGAAAAGGUGAUAGAGUUGAAUUGCAUUCGCUGAAGGGCGCGGCCGAGCACAACGGCAAGCAGGGUACGGUCGUCGGUCCCCAGGGUGAAAGAGUCAAGGUACUGUUAGAUGACUCCGAGUCCAAGACGCUAGCCCUCAAAGUAACGAAUCUAACAAAACUUGAGACGACAGAGGAACCCGUAGCCUUGCCCGACGCGACGACGAUGCGCAAGGGCAUGGAGGCCAUGAGCCAGGCCGACCCGGAACAACUGAAGGCCCAAGCGGCGGCGAUGCGGAACAUGGACCCGGAUACCAUUCGUAAAAUGAACCCGGCCAUGGCCAACCUGUCCGACGAAGCGAUAAAAGCCAGUGCGGACCAGAUGGAGGCCAUGGCGGCCAACCCCGAGAUGAUCAAGAUGGCCCAGCAACAACUCGCGGGCAUGUCGCCGGAAGCGCUGGAAGAACAGAUGCGCAUGGUCUCGCAGAUGUCGCCCGACCAACAGGCUAAACUCCAAAAUGCCGCGAAGAAGAUGGCCGCAAACGGGGACAUGGAGCAGCUCGCCAAGGACAUGGCCGCGGGGAAACCGCCGGACGCGGAGGCCGCGUCGAAGAUGAUGGAAGCCCUCGACGAGGACGCCGUGCAAGAAAUGGUCGGCGCGAUGAAGCAGAACCCGACCAUGAUCAAGGAGAUGAUGAAGUCGUCUCCCAUGGCCGCGAACUUGACCGAGGAGCAGUUGGAUCAGCAGGUGCAAGCCUUGCAGAACAUCGACGACGAGACGCUCAAAAAAUUCGUCGGGGUCGCGAAGAAGAUUCAUGGGAUUUUCAAGCCGUUUAUUCUUGGGUAUUCUCGGUUGAAUCGGCUGUGUGGUGGUCGGUUGCUCCAGGUGCUGGGGGUCGCGGCGGUGGCGUUAUUUGUUCGUUCUAUUGCGAGGCGGUUCUCUGGAGGUGAGGAGGCGCCGGAUGGCUUGGACGCGCUCAAGGAGGCGGCAGAGACGGUCGUGGCGGCCGCAGUCACGGAGGAGGACGAGUUCGCGGUCGAGGGGGAGUUAUAGUUGUUUCAAUUUACUACUUGUGCGUGGC